AAGACUAUGGAACAAUUGACUUCAAUCAGACAAGAGAAAAGAGCAAAUCUUCUAGUAGCGAAACAAAACGCUCAAGCUUUGGCACGCAAAAUAACAAUUGAAGUGUUAGCUAAAGAGUGGUUGGCUGACAACCAAGCCACAGUUGAGAUGAGAGCUUACUUAGUUGAUAAAUUAUUACCAACAUUGAUUCUUGGAGUUGAGAAACUUUUAACUGUUGUUGACAGUCAAAGCUUGGCUGAGAAAGAGAGGGAUGCCAACUUUAAUCCUUUAGAUUUUUUAGCUCAAUAUCUCUUACGGAAUAACCCUAGAUUUUCUAAUUUCCCGGAAGCUUCACCUUACGUACGAGGAUUGAGACAAGUUUCAGAAGAUCUCAGAAAUCAACUCUUUAAUUUAGAAGAUAACAGACUUGCUAAAAUAAAAGCUGAUGUUAAACGUAGAAGAGAGGAUAGAGAACGUCAACAGGAACAACAGUUGCAAGAAAAAGAAAGAAGAUCCACUUUAUUGUUAAAACAAUUUACAGAAUGGAAUGUUGCUGUAGAUGGUAAAGUUGAACUAUCAUUGUUCCAGAAUGCAUUGAGAUCAUUUACAGAAAUUACAGAACAUUUCCCAGAGGAAUUGAAGAAAGCAUCUCAGUUAGGUCAUACUUUAGAACCAACAGAUGAAACUGGUAGAAUGUUAACCUUGAGUGAAUUUGUCCAGUUUAUGAAUGAGUAUAUAUCUGAACUGCCAACUGAAAUAUUUGAACAGUUUAUGGAACACAUGUCUAAAUGUGCUGCUGCAUAUCGUGCGUCAAAUGAAAGAGAACAACGUAGAAUAUUAUUAUCUAACUUAUUUAUUAAAUGUGAUCAUAGUGGAAUUGCUCAACUAGAUAGACAUCGUAUUUUAAAUUUGUUUGAACAAUUUUGGGACCAAGAAGCUGACGAUCACAAGAAAGUCAUGAGGAAUCCAAGAAAAUGGCCAGUAGUAGAAGUUGAUGAAGCUGAUGAUACAGUUAGUGAUGAUGAAGAAGAUCCAUUAGACAAUAAAGCAGACACAGAAGAACUCUCUCCAGAAACUGCAACUGAUGCUCAAGAACCAGCAGCAGAAACACAAGACAUAGUAGUUGAUCAAGAACCAAUGAAUGACACAGAAGAACCUGCAACAGAUGUACAAGAAUCUGUGGCAGAAAAAGAAGAACCUCUAACAGAAACAGCAACUGAGUCCCAAGAAGCUGUUGCUCAGUCUGAAGAUGUACCCAAAACAAAUGAACAAGCUUCAGGUAAGGAAUUGUGUCUAACAAUAACCAGCAGAAGUCAAUCCCAGAUGUCAGCAUUUGAUGAAAAUUCUCUCAAUGUUUCCCAGUUUGUUCAACUUACAGAAACAUUCCUAGGUGAUGAUCCCAGGAAAGAAAUAUUUGCACAGUUGCUGAAAUUUAUCAAAAAUGGCUAUGAAGAGACAGAAGAAGAAAAAAUGGACAGAUUAAAGAAGGCUAGAAGAGAGGCUGUGUCUGCUAAACGUAAAACUAUGAUAGAUGUAUUAUUUGAGAAGUGGGAUAAUGAUGGAUCAGGAUUUUUAGAUUUAGAAGAAGUAGAAAAUGUCAUGUUAAAAUAUAAGGAUGGACAAGAAGCUGAAGCUAUCUAUUUUGAUCCUGGGUUUGAUCCCAGUAUAGGUUGGGAUUAUACUUUUAGAUUAUUCUGUCCCUUGUGCUACAGACACAAAAUUCCUUGGGGAUUCCAGGAUCAAAGAUUAAGUAAACGAGAAUUUAGAAUGUUAGUCUUAUCUGUGGUCCAAGAAAUUCCAGGCUCUGAAACAUUUGAUUCUUUCCUAGAGUUCCUGACAAAUAGUGUAGAGAGAUCUUAUUCUGAUCGUAUUAGAGGUGAGGCUAGAAAGAAAUGGUUACAACAGAUAGUAACAGCUGCUGAAACUGGUGCUGCUAGUAUGGAACCUGUCUAUAGAGCUGUCUUCCAGGCAUUAUAUAAGGCAUACAAUUUUAUGAUGAUUUUUCAGGAUGCUGAAGCUCAUGGUGGAGGAAAGAAAAUCUGUGCUAGUAUAUCAAUGUCUGAACGUAACACUAAAUACCCUCAACGUGGUGAUACUUGUUUACGUUACGUUGCCGUGACACCAGAGGAUGCAGACUAUAUGUUAGAUAAAUGUCUAUAUAAGGAUAUGAAAGGUGUCAGUUUUUCUGCGCUGGAGUCAGGAAAACCAAUCCAUGUUCCUCGUGUUGCUAAUCAUGGUAAUAUUUAUUUCUGGAAUACACACAGACGUCCUGAGGAGAGAGAAGGAUCAUUUAUUGUUAUACCAUUAAAAGAUAAGAGAAAGAGAACGUUUGGUUUAUUGGGUAUUGAUACAAUAGCUGAUCCCCAUACUAAAGCUAUAUUUAUUACACAUGAGAUACAAUUUUUCCAGGGUAUAGCCAAAGCAUUCAGUAUAGCCUAUCAUCAUAUAGAUAUGAGAAAGAAAUUGUUAAGAAUAACAGAGAGUGCUAUAUCAUGGAUACAGAGACGCAGUCCUCAUGUUCGUGAAGUAGUAGAGUAUAUGGCUGAACCAUCUAUUAAAGGCCCAGAUUAUGUCUUACGUAAAAUGUUGGCGACAUCUCAGAAAGGUUCACCAGAAUAUAGUAUUAAUCCACCUCGACUAGAACGCAAAGAUAAUCUAUUUAGGGAUUACUUAUUUAAAUGUGUAGAUAAUUCUGAAACAGUGACAGCAGACGCAUAUGGAGAGCGCCACCUAGCCUUUCCUCUACGUGAUGAUGAAGGAAAGGCUAUAGCUCUAGUUGAUAUUAGUAUAGGUGAUAUGAAGAAACUACCUCCUCAUGAAAAUAAAGAAAUACAAAGAAUGUUACGUAUCUUACAAAUGGCACAUAAAGAAAUUACUAAAGAAUUCCAUGGUGCUGAAAAAUUGAGAGUCUUGGAGGGUGAACAGAAUGAUGAAACUAGAACUGAUAUUAUGUUUGAUAGACUAAUGUUAAUGGAGUUAAGAGAUAAUGUCAGUAAGCUAGAUAAGAAAGCCUAUGCUGAAUUAAGAAGUUAUAAAGAUCCACCUCAGAUUAUUAGAGAUAUAUUAAAAGCAACAUUAGCUAUAUUUUAUUUUGAG